UGUUCAGGGAGACAACUCAUGGUCUAUACAGCGCUGCCCCUCUUCAUGCACGUUAGCAGGCGAUAACAGAACAAACCCAAGACAUCUGUGUGAGAGAGUGAGAACAGUGCAGGAUCCUGUAACAGGAAGACAAUCACUGAUCAUUAGGCCUGUGGAGGUGACAGAUUCUUCUUGGUAUCGGUGUAAAGUGGAGGCCAUGCAGUACUGUGCUGAAGUUAGAAUUAUUGUCAAAGAUGAGAGGUUAUUUCAGCCUAUGACUGAAGGGUGUGAAGUCUUUGGCCCUUUCAGUGCAGUGGUGAAUUCAGCAGUGACAUUUUCUUGCCCUUCCCAGUCCUUACACCCUGGAGCCAAACAGGUCACCUGGAGAACCAUUCAAGGACAGGAAACCUUUCCUACAACCCACUGCCCCUCACUGUGCAACUCCAGCUCAGCCCAGAGACCCCUUUGUGAGAGGGCAAGAGUAUUGAAGAAUGGAUCCUUGACCAUUAGUCCUGUGGACUUCCAAGACGCUCUGUGGUAUUGGUGUGCGGGGAACGCCUCCGCAUGUUCUAGAUUUAAACUGAAUGUCACAGAAAAACAUUUUACAAGUUUGACCAAGAUUAUUUCGGUGUCCAAUAAAGUCACAAGCAAGUCACAGACAACGCAAUACCUGUCAGAAACAGCAGGGAGCAGCAGAGAGGAGACCGUGGAUGUCAGCUCCAAUGUAACUGUGGUCGUGACUGCUUCAACAGUCUCUGUGCUCAUCAUAAUGGCCCUACUGUUAGCAGUGGGCUUCAGUUUGAAAAAACACAAGAGGAAAGGUGUAAGCAAAAUUGAACUCGAGAAUCAGUUUGCAGCAUAUGAAGAUAUUGUUGCGAAUGAUAAUUUCGUAUAUUCAUAUAUAAACGAACCUGCAAAAAUGUGCACCUUUACUUAAGGACCAGUGAGGAAUGACACAGGGACAGAUGGACAUACCAGUCCACUCACCAUGGCGUGAGCAUGUCUGUGGAGUUUAAGUCCUGGUUUUUUGAUGCAAUGUGAUCAUCCUUCUCACUUAGCUUCUUUAUAUGAUCAAAAACCUUGACAGUAAUAUGACUCUAUAAAUCGCUUUUAAAAUAACAGUACAAUUACUUGACAAUACUUGUAUUAUGCAUUACUCUUUUAAAUAUUGAAGAUGAAUGUUCGGUAUGUGUUUUAUUUUAAAAGAAAAAAACAUUUUGAUUUUAUUUUUAAUUUUAUUUUCUGCAGUCUGCAUUGUGUACAUGUUAUAUA